AUGAUCUGCCUGGAGCUGCUGCGCGAGCACUACGCCGAGCUGCGCGAGCGCCCCUUCUACGGCCGCCUGGUCAAGUACAUGAGCUCGGGGCCGGUGGUGGCCAUGGUGUGGCAGGGGCUGGACGUCGUGCGCGCCUCGCGGGCGCUCAUCGGGGCCACGGACCCGGCCGACGCCGCGCCCGGCACCAUCCGUGGGGACUUCUGCAUCGAGAUCGGCAAGAACGUGAUUCACGGCAGUGAUUCGGUGGAGAGCGCCCGCCGCGAGAUCGCGCUCUGGUUCCGCUCCGAGGAGCUCUUGUGCUGGGAGGACAGCGCCGGGCACUGGCUGUAUGAGUAGCUGCGCCGCGGAGGCCGACCUUCGAGGGCGUAUGCGCGCCCUCGGAAACAGGCUGUGAAUGGUUUAGCAUCCUCCAGGCCCUGGAGGUGGUGCACACAUCUGGGCUCCACUUCUGGGAGCUCAAAACACCCUUCUUGCGGCAGGGAUCACAGCACCCUCAGGACCCGAGGAGGGCGGGCCGGGU